AUUAACAGACCUGUCAGGCUCUCUCACAGAUGGACCAGUAAACUAUAAAUACAAGACCAAAUGCACUUGGUUAAUAGAAGGAUACCCUAAUGCAGUUCUCAGGCUGCGCUUCAAUCACUUUGCCACAGAGUGCAGCUGGGACCACAUGUACAUCUAUGAUGGAGACUCCAUUUAUGCCCCUUUGAUUGCGGUCUUCAGUGGUCUAGUGGUACCAGAGACCCGGGGUAAUGAGACAGUCCCAGAGGUGGUUACGACAUCCGGCUACGCUCUGCUUCACUUCUUCAGCGAUGCUGCUUACAACCUGACCGGCUUCACCAUCACCUACUCGAUAAACUCUUGUCCCAACAACUGCUCGGGCCACGGCAGAUGCAGCACGGCGAACUCGGUCUCCGGUCGCGUUUACUGUGAGUGUGAGGAGUACUGGAAAGGAGAGGCCUGCGACAUCCCGUACUGCAGAGACAACUGUGGCAGCCCCGAUCACGGCUACUGUGACCUGACCGGAGAGAAACUCUGCGUCUGCAACGACAGCUGGCAAGGUCCAGACUGUUCUCUGUCUGUUCCAUCCACUGAGGCCUUCUGGGUGCUUCCAAGUGUCAAACCGUCUGCACAAUCUUUGGGCCGGGCGUCCCAUGAGGCCCUGGUGCACUCUGGGCUGAUGUGGGUGGUGGGAGGCUACUCCUUCAACUACUCCAACUACCACAUGGUUCUCAACUAUAACCUGGAGACCAGCACGUGGGAUACGGUUCCUGUCAGCAGCGGCCCUCUCUACAGAUAUGGACACUCGCUGGCUCUGUACCAGGAUGACAUCUACAUGUUCGGCGGGAAGCUGGAAGCAGGAUCUGCUAACGUGACGGAUGAGAUGUGGGUGUUCAACAUCCCCAGACGCACCUGGUCGCUGCUGAAACCAGCCCCGCCUCCUCCCUACGCCCUGGAGGGACACACUGCCCACGUGGUAGAGCUGGCCGAUGGAGAACCGGUGAUGCUGAUCUUCUUUGGCUACUCGCCAGUCUACAGCUACAUCAACAAAGUUCAGGAGUUACAACAUCA